CCACCAAGAUAACGACAGUUGGUCCGACGCAUUCAAAUGCCACACCACCGCUCGGUCCCCUAACCUACUAAAGACUAUUAACCUCCCUCCGUCGCUGUCAAACUCCCUUCCACCCCUGAUAAUUUCUUGCAUUUGGCUAAGGCAUGUCCACGCGUCACUCUUCCAUUGGCCAUUCCCCAGAUCUCCCGGUCCCCACCAGAUAGACUUGUUUCGCAUAAUCACGCCACCUAUCUUCAACCACCUCCACAGCCAUAACCAUAUCACAAACAACAACAAACACAAGAAUUUUCAUUUUUCCACGGAGCCAUCACACCAUGGCUUCCAAGUUAUGUGAUUCAUGCAAGUCCGCCUCCGCCACCGUCUACUGCCGCCCUGACGCCGCCUUCCUCUGCUCCCCCUGCGACUCCAAGGUCCACGCCGCUAACAAGCUCGCCUCCCGCCACCCUCGAGUCUCACUCUGCGAGGUCUGCGAGCAGGCACCUGCUCACGUCACCUGCAAGGCCGACGCCGCCUCCCUCUGCCUCGCCUGCGACCGCGAUAUCCACUCCGCCAACCCUCUCGCUUCCCGCCACGAGCGAAUCCCCGUCACUCCCUUCUAUCACUCCCUCGCCGCUACCGUCAAGUCUCCGGUCAACUUCCUUGAUGACCACAGGUUCUUCUCCGACGCCGAUGCUGAUGCGGAUGUUGAUGUCAGCACUGAGGAGGCCGAGGCUGCUUCCUGGCUCCUUCCCACACCUUCUAACCCUUCCAAGGCAGAUCUGAACUCGUCUCAGUACAUGUUCCAGGAGAUGGAACAGGUUCCGUAUGUAGAUCUGGAUUACGGCAACGUGGAUCCCAAAUCGGAGCCGAAGAGCUCCGCCACCACCGACGGAGUUGUUCCGGUGCAGAGCAAGACCGCUAACGAGCACUACUUUGAGCCUUUCGCCUACGGUGGCUACAAGUACAACUCGCAAUCUCAGUCACAGUCACAGAUGAGCCAUAGCGUGUCGUCGUCGUCGAUGGACGUUGGUGUUGUGCCGGACGGGAACGCGAUGUCUGAGAUAUCGAACUGCAAGGUAGCGUCAUCGGUGGAGGGAGGGAACCAGGCAGUGACGGUGACGGCGCAGUUCUCGGCGGCGGAUAGGGAAGCUAGGGUUUUGAGGUAUCGGGAGAAGAGGAAGAACCGAAAGUUCGAGAAGACUAUUCGCUACGCUUCUCGUAAGGCUUAUGCAGAAACGAGGCCAAGGAUCAAAGGCAGAUUCGCCAAGCGCACUGAGGUUGACCCUCUCAAUGGAUACGGCGUCGUUCCGUCGUGUUAAUUUUCCGUCUUUUUUGUAUGGAAUCACCGAAUCAAUAACCAUAAUAACGAUGAUUAAUAUAUGCUGGGGUUACUUGCUCUCUUCUUUUUUUUUCUUAUUCUCCUGUUUGCUUUUCUAUGUAUAUAUUUUUUUGUAUGAAUUAUGCAAUGUAUAAAGUUGCAAACUCUUUUGCCAUCUGUUUUGUAGCUUAAUUGUAUCUUGUCUUUUGGUUUUUGUUUUUCACCGUUUUGAGGAAUUCGGUAGUUUCUUU